AUGCAUCGCCCGCAGGGUGACAGUGGCAACGUCAUGUCUAAGCCGUUGGACGACACCUUGCACGCCAAAGCCAGUCAAAAGCACGACCACCACCGAAAUGACAUGGGUAUUGAAGCCAACGAUGCCCAAGUCAAUGCGCUUGUCCGGCCUUACAGUCUCGACCUCAUCCGUUCAGCAUCAAGACUCGACCCUGGUAUCAACCCGUUUCUGUCAGACCAUCCUGCCUUGGACCCAAGCUGUCGCGAAGAACUCGAGGCUGGAGUUGCGUAUCGUAAUUUGAGUGUUCACGGUUACGGUACUGAUACGGAUUACCAGAAGGAUGUUCUCAAUAUCCUCUGGCAAGCACCAAUGAUGAUCAAGCAGGCUCUCAGCAACCGUCGUCAAAAGAUUGACAUCUUGAGGGAGUUUGACGGUAUCAUCAAGAGUGGUGAGAUGCUCUUGGUGUUGGGUCGCCCCGGCAGUGGUGUCUCUACCCUGCUCAAGACGAUUGCCGGUGAGACCCAGGGACUUCAUCUCGGAGACCACUCACACUUCAGCUAUCAAGGCAUCCCAAUGGAAACAAUGCACAAGCGUUUCCGCGGCGAAGUCAUCUACCAAGCCGAAACCGACAUCCACUUCCCCCACCUCACAGUCGGACAGACACUCCUCUUCGCCUCACUCGCAAGAACACCUAAGAACAGACUUCCCGGUGUCAGUAGGCAGAGAUACGCCGAGCACUUGCGGGACGUCGUGAUGGCUGUCUUUCGCAUCUCCCACACCAUUAACACAAAGGUCGGAAAUGACUUCGUCCGUGGUGUGUCCGGAGGAGAGCGCAAGCGCGUGAGUAUUGCAGAGGUAACGCUCAGCCAGAGUCCGAUCCAGUGCUGGGACAACAGUACUCGUUGUUUGGAUAGUGCUACUGCGUUAGAGUUUGCUCGGACUCUGCAGCUGUCUACAGACAUGGCAAAGACUUCGCUCAUUGUUGCGAUAUAUCACGCCUCACAGCCGGCAUAUGAUGUAUUCGACAAAGUUGCGGUCCUUUACGAAGGUCGCCAGAUCUACUUUGGCUCUACGGUGAUGGCGAAGCAGUACUUCAUCGACAUGGGCUACCGCUGCCCCGACCGUCAAGCCACCGCCGACUCCCUCACGUCCCUCACGAACCCUGCAGAGCGAAUCGUCCGAGAAGGGUUCGAAAACAGAGUUCCCAGAACGCCAGACGAGUUUGCAACCGUGUGGAAGGGGAGUGACUCCAGGGCACGCCUGAUGGAGGAGAUCUUUGCCUUCGAGGAGGAACAUCCCCUCGAUGGCUCAGUGGUCGACAAGUUUGUCGCGACGCGUCAGGCUCAUAAAGCCUCUCUUGUAACACCGCAAUCACCUUACACUAUCUCCAUGCCCAUGCAAAUCUGGCUCUGCAUGACGCGUGGGUACCAGCGCCUCCUUGGUGACUGGCUGUUCUUCGUUGUCACUGUUGGUGGCAACCUGGUUAUCUCUCUGGUUCUUGGAAGUAUUUUCUUCGACCUGCCGUCUGAUGCAUCGAGCAUGAAUUCUCGUUGCAUUCUUCUGUUCUUUGCUAUCUUAUUUAACGGACUCAGCAGUGCCCUUGAGAUCCUCACACUAUAUGUCCAAAGACCCAUUGUCGAAAAGCACGCUCGCUAUGCCCUAUACCACCCCGCAUCCGAAGCCAUCUCCUCGACAAUCUGCGAUCUUCCCAGCAAGAUUCUGUCGACCUUGGCCUUCAACAUUCCACUCUACUUCAUGGCGAAGCUCCGCCAAGAGGCCGAUGCCUUCUUCAUCUUCCUCCUUUUCGGCUUCACCACACUCUCAAUGUCCAUGAUCAUCAGAACCAUUGGCCAGACGUCCCGCACCAUUCACCAAGCCUUGACGCCGGCCGCGAUCUUCAUCUUGUCGCUCGUCAUCUACACCGGCUUCAUCCUUCCGACUCGCGACAUGAAGGGCUGGCUUCGCUGGAUCAACUACAUCAACCCCAUUGCCUAUGCGUUGAGAGUCUGGUCGCCAACGACGGCGCCGAAUGAGAGAACGUGCUCUGUUGCUGGCGCUGCUCCCGGUGCGGACUUUGUCGAUGGCGACGUUUACAUGAAUGCCACUUUCAGUUACUACAAGUCUCACAUCUGGAGGAACUUUGGCAUCUUGAUCGCAUUCAUCGUCUUCUUCAUGUGCGUCUACCUCUUUGCAGCGGAGUACAUCACUACAGACCGCUCCAAGGGCGAAGUAUUGAUCUUCAAGCGCGGGCAUUCGACCCCGAAACUAUCAAAGAACUCAUCCGACGAAGAGGCCGGCCAAUCUGAACGCGUCUAUCAACACGAAAAGUCCGAGGGACAUGCCGCUCAGUCUGGCGUCAAGCAAGCCGCGAUCCACAAGAGCCAAUCGGUGUUUCACUGGAAAGAUGUUUGCUACGACAUUUCUAUCAAGGGCAACAACCGCAGAGUUCUUGACAAGGCUAGCGGAUGGGUGAAGCCAGGAACUUUGACUGCUUUGAUGGGCUCUACUGGCGCUGGCAAGACUACUCUGCUCGACGUGCUGGCGAACAGAGUGACCAUGGGUGUGGUGACUGGGGAUGUCUUGGUCAACGGCAUUCCCAGAGACCAGUCUUUCCAGCGAAAGGCCGGUUACGUCCAGCAACAAGAUAUCCACCUCGAGACAUCCACUGUCAGGGAAGCCUUACGAUUUAGUGCCAUGCUGCGCCAGCCAGCAUUCGUCAGCAAGCAAGAGAAGUAUGCCUAUGUUGAAGAAGUGAUUGGGCUUCUGGAAAUGGAAGCUUACGCCGAUGCCAUUGUUGGAGUACCUGGAGAAGGUCUCGACAGCCAGACAGCAUGGUCAAUCUCAUCACUGAUCCGAAAGCUCUCUGAGAACGGUCAAGCCAUCCUCGUGACGAUCCACCAACCUUCCGCUCUAUUAUUCCAGCAAUUCGACCGACUUCUCCUCCUGGCACACGGCGGAAAAACAGUCUACUUUGGCGACAUUGGCGAGAACUCCCGCGUGCUCACGAGUUACUUUGAGCAAUACGGAGCAAUGCCCUGCGGGCAGGACGAGAACCCCGCCGAGUGGAUGCUCAAAGUCAUCGGCGCUGCGCCUGGCGCAAAGGCUGAGAGGGAUUGGCCCGAGACUUGGAAGGAGAGUCACGAGUGUGCCGAGAUGCGCCGCGAGCUUGAGCGUCUAGAGCAAGGCCUGGCGCCCAACGGCUCAACGACGAGUCCCGAUGAGAUGUCUACCUAUGCUGCGCCCUUCCAUGUUCAGCUUGCCUUGUGCACCGAGAGAGUCUUUCAGCAGUAUUGGCGCACGCCGUCGUACAUUUACUCCAAGCUAAUCUUGUCUGGUGGCACGAGUUUGUUCAUCGGCGUAUCUUUCUACAACUCACCACUUACAAUGCAAGGCCUCCAGAGCCAGAUGUUUUCUAUCUUCAUGUUGCUGGUGGUCUUUGCCUUCCUCGUCUACCAAACGAUGCCCAACUUUAUUCUACAACGCGAACAAUACGAGGCGAGAGAGCGCGCCUCCAGGGCGUACUCGUGGUACGUGUUCGUACUGGUCAACAUCAUUGUCGAGCUUCCCUGGAACACUUUGGCUGCCAUCGUGAUCUUCUUUCCGUUCUACUAUCUCGUUGGCAUGUAUCGCAAUACUAUUCCGACGGAUGCGGUUACGGAACGUGGCGGCCUCAUGUUCCUACUCAUCUGGGCUUUCAUGCUCUUCGAGUCUACCUUUGCCGAUAUGGUUGUCGCUGGUGUGCCGACGGCAGAGAUUGGCGCAACUCUUUCUCUUCUGCUCUUUACCCUAUGUCUGAUCUUUUGCGGUGUCAUUGUACCGGUCAACGCCCUUCCAGGUUUCUGGAAGUUCAUGUACCGCGUCUCGCCCUUGACAUACCUCGUUGAAGGUCUCUUGUCCACGGGACUAGCACACAACAAAGUCGAGUGCUCUCAGCUCGAGUUGCUACAAUUCAGUCCGGCAAAUGGAACCGCGUGUGGUGAUUACAUGGCGCCGUACAUGCAAAUGGCCGGCGGCAAUGUCUUCAACCCCAACAGUACCGACGUCUGCCAGUUCUGCUCACUGGCCACGACAGAUGCGUUCCUGGCUACCACUUCUACGUCGUACGGCAGACGAUGGCGGUCGUAUGGGCUGAUGUGGGUCUAUGACAGAAUCCAUGCAUGCUCAUAUGCGAUCUACAUCAUCUUCAACCUAUUCGCAGCUCUGUCGCUGUAUUGGUUGGCUCGGGUGCCGAAAAAACACUCGUUCGCUCAACUUUGGAGGAAGAAAUCUUCAUGAACCACGGAGCUCAUAUUUCUUACUUUCAAAUAUCGAGGGAUUCAAGCCGCCAAAGAGUGUCUCUAGGAUCUUGAAAGGCUCAAGAUUUUCAACAUGUAAUUCCUAUUACUACUCAACAACUUAGUUUACUUUUUUGUUCACUUCUUCCAGUAUCCC